AUGGAAAACCAUUCACAUACUGCAAGUCCAACAGUUGCAAUUAGAGUAGAGGAAUCGCCGUAUUCAGUAGGAUCAGCUCCCCAGUUGACAGAUGACGACAACACAAUCAAUUUGAAUUCGUCAUUCAAUCAAAUUAGUUCACCAUCACCACAUCAAGUGAAUCUCAAUCACCAUAAUCGAAUGAGUGCUCAACAAGAUUCUCCCUAUGAAGCAGAAGAUUCUUUAUCUGUCAAUAUGAACCAAAAAUGCCAUCCUCAAGGAAAGCAAAUAUACCCCAAAGCUGGACAAGCAGGUGUAAGUUAUUCCGAUCCAAAUUCGAAUGCUUUUAGAAUUUAUCAAAUGGACUACAACAACAAUAACAACAACAAUAGUAAAACCGAAGAGCCAAACAGAGGUGCAUUCAAGCCAAUGAGACCGCCACCUUUACUGAUUUCUUCACAACAAAAACAAUAUUUGCAUCAACAACUAAUCAAUCAUUAUUCCCCUACAUCAUCGUCCUAUCUCUCUUCUGCACCACCUUCAAUCCUUUCCAGUACUCUGUCGUCAGGGUAUAACACAUCUCCAAUGAUCCAACAACACCAUCAAAACCAAGAACAAAGUAAUCAUGGAGGUCCAAGAGGAGGGCAAGGGAACCCACAACUAUCGACAACAAUGAAUGAACUUCCAGGAGCAAUGCACAAAUACGGCGGGCCCAGUGAUAGCUUUGAUGAAGUCCAUGGAUUACAUACUGUAGAUUCUGAUGCAUCAUUCAAUUUGCACCCUCCAAAUUCAUCUUAUCUCGACUAUCAUUAUGGUAGUGGUGGAUCAAUUUCAGGCGGUUCGGAAUCAGGUUCAGUUAGUGGUAUCCCACCCGAACCACCAAAGGAGUUAUACGGGAACCUGCUAGCCAUGAGUUCCGAUAGUUCCUUAUAUGAACAAACAGUAAAUCGACAACAUGCUUUCCAACAACCAUUAUUCAAAUUGAAUAUGGGUGAUUCAAACUCAGACAUCUUAAGUGAUUUACGUCCAGAUCACAAUAAUUAUAGUAACUUCAAUUCCAGUUCCGGUGAUCUUGCUGAAUUCGAACAAAGUGAAGUUCUGGUAGAUCAUUCUAUACAUGAAGAUAAAAUCACCACAACCAUACCCCCAAGUAUGAUUGGGAACAAUAAUGCAGAAAUAGCCACUACGACCGAUAAUAGAAACUCCCAAGCAACCAUAACUGGGAUCCCGGGAGUCCCUGGUAUGACAACACCCAAUAUUGGCUAUGCAAAUCCUCAAAACGUUUCUCUCGGAUUACCAGGAGAGUUUAUGUACAGUUUAAGUGAAUUAGAAUUUGGGAAUCCGUCAUUUGAUCUGGUUGUUGAUUCUUCAUUCGAUGAUACGUCUGGGUUUCCAACGUUUUCAACAACGUCGCAAUCACAAGUCAAUGGUAUGCCAAACACCAACCUUGCAUAUGUACCCACUGGGUCAAAUGAUAGUGGUGGUAGUCAGCAUCCAAAUGGUCCUAAUGGAGCCAGUAAUAGCAAAGCAUAUCCACACCAAAAUCCAUUGUUAAUGACAAGACAUUUACAAAAUAAUUCAGACUCUGCCACAACCCCCUUAACAUCUUUUGAUACUUACUUGUCAGAUAGCAACAGCCAUUCAUUUGUACCAAGGGAAGGUAAUGCAAAUAAUAAUAAUAAUGUUCAAUCAAACAAUUCCAUUUCCCAGAGACGAGUAUCACUGAAGAAUUUGAUGUUGGUGCAAAAUUCACCUUCAUCAACUUCAGCAGCUACUCAAGAAGAUGAUAUCCAAUCAUCCCCUUUAUUAAAUUCGGGAACUGAUAUUCAACAAUAUUCUCCCCGGCAUUUGAUUCAACGUCGUAGACUGCAACAUCAAAGAUCACCACUUCGAGAACACACCGAAGCCCUACCCCCCAAAGAAGCUGCUUACCACCAUGGUAAUUCCUACCACCAGAGUACAUCUCAAGCUGCAGAAUUUGUACCACAACUGCAGCAGCAAGCUCAUUAUCAAAAUCAAUUCAAUGAGUUGGCUCAACAACAACAGAAUUUGCCUGAUGGAGGAAACAACAACAAUAGCCAGCGUAAAACAAUGAUGUACAAUGCAAGUAAUGGUCAUAUGUCUCAACAACUGCUACAAAUGUACAAUGGGUUCCCUUCAAUUCUUUCCAAUGUUCCCACGUCGGCACCUCCCCUGGCUCCAUUACCACCGUUGCCACCCUUUGAAAGUGGUGGUAACGAGGAACAACAACAACAACAUCAUCAUCGUCAACAACAUCACCCUCAACAUAGAGAACUGAGUCAUGGUGGUACCUGGCAAAAGAACCCAUAUCCUCAAUUAAAUACCUUUUAUCACAAUGGGAAGAAACCCAGCAAUAAUAGUUUCAACAUGGAGGGACCAGGAAUCCCCAUCCCACAAGGAUUCCCACCUCCUCCUCCCAUGGGAAUGCAUCCAGUGGGAAGUAGUGGAGCCAGUAGUGAUCGUUCCGACAGCAGUGUUGGGUCAAAUGGCAUGAUCAAAAAGAAGCACACCAGACGGAGACUACUACCCCGGUCUAAAAACGGCUGCUGGAUUUGUCGGAUCAAGCAUUUGAAGUGUGAUGAAAAAAGACCAGUGUGUGCUAGUUGCCAUAAGUUUGGAAUUGUGUGUGAUUAUAGUCCUCAAAAGCCAGACUACGUUCUCGAUAAGAAUAUCAGGAAACAAAAGCUUAUUGAGAUUUCUUUGGUCCGGAAACUGAAACAUAAGGAUAUUGGCCGUAAGAAAUAA